CCAAGUCCUCCACCUCAUCUUCUACGUACCGAUGCAGCAAAUCGGCCGCCUCGCGCUCUCCCUCUGGACCUAUCUCUGCUACAACCCUAAUCCGGCCAAUUACGUCUCUGAUCUCGGAUCUGACUCCGAUUGAAUCCAUUUCCCAAUCGGCCGAACCUGCUCCGCCGGCGAUCGAAUCCCUUCUUGUUGUUUUGUAUAUGUAUCAUACCGGGGACGAUGAUAGAAGGUCGUUCCCUCGCCGUCGACAUUUCCAAUUCCUGCAUAAACCCUAAUAAAGUCGCCAACUUUAUUCCUUUAACGGGUCUUCAUCUUCGGGCAUCCAUAGCGACUCGUUACAGAGCUCUUUCAAAAUCAACGGUGUCUCUCUUCAAAAACACGCGGUCAACAAGCCCGCCGGCGUCAAACCCACGCCCACCUCGGCCGCUUCUCUUUUCCCAGUUGUGGAGCAGCCAUUUGUUGUGGAUCUUCUGGAGGUCGCUGUUCUCGGAGAGUUGGAGGAUCGCCGUCGAGAGGUCGACGGCCAGUGGGGAGUCUCUCUGAAACGCCUGCCGUCCGUCGCCGGAAGAGGAGCAAAUUAAGGACAGAUUAAAACGUCACAUUUUCAAUUAAAAGGGGGAUAAGAACUUACAAUUGUGAUAAUUUCUUUUUUUCAUUUUUUAUAUUUUUUUAAUAAUGAUGUGUAAUUUCUAAAAAUUUAAUUUUUAAUUAUUUUUUAUUUGCCACGUCACACAUUUAACGGUCAACUGUCAGAGUUGACCGCCACGUCAGUCAAAGUUAACGGAGGUUAACGGAGAGUGACCGAACUUGAACUGUUCAACUAAUUCGAGUGACUAUAAAUAGAAUAAAUUAAU